GGGAGGAGUAAGGAGUGCCGGGAAUGGCGACCAAGAAGCUUGCGCGGCAGCUUGGAUUAAUUAGAAGAAAGUCAGUUGUACCAGCAAGUGGAAAUCUAGGAAGAAGCAAAUCUAAGCAGUUGUUUGACUACUUAAUUGUCAUUGAUUUUGAGUCAACAUGUUGGAAUGAUGGGAAACGCCACCAGAGCCAAGAAAUAAUUGAAUUUCCAGCAGUAUUGCUGAAUACAUCAACUGGAGAGUUUGAAUCUGAGUUCCAUGCUUACGUUCAGCCUCAAGAACAUCCAAUUCUUUCUGAAUUUUGCAUGGAACUGACAGGCAUAAAACAGGCUCAAGUUGAUGAAGGAGUCCCUCUGAGGAUUUGCUUAUCUCAGUUCUGUAAAUGGAUUCAGAAGAUUCAACAACAGAAGAAAAUUAUUUUUGCUGCUGGGAUUUCAGAUCUGCCUAAUUCCAAAGUAAAAUUAUGUGCAUUUGUUACUUGGUCAGACUGGGACUUGGGGGUUUGCCUGGAAUAUGAGUGUAAAAGAAAACAGCUGUUAAAACCUGCAUUCUUAAAUUCUUGGAUUGAUCUCAGAGUAACUUACAAGAUUUUCUAUAGAAGAAAACCAAAAGGACUAAGUGGUGCCCUGCAGGAAGUGGGAAUAGAAUUCUUAGGACGAGAACAUUCUGGGUUGGAUGAUUCUCGGAAUACUGCCCUACUUGCUUGGAAAAUGAUCAGGGAUGGUUGCUUAAUGAAAAUUACAAGGUCCUUGAACAAGGUCCCCACUAAGAAGAAUUCCAGCGUUUUCGCCAGAAAUUUGAAUACGAAUCAAGUUGAAGAAAGAUCCUCCUGCAACAGUAGCAUUCAGGGUCUGAGUAUAGAUGAUAGGGAGCCUAAAAAUAUAGUAAAUUCUCAUGAGAAAGUUCACAUGAGGUCAGGUGGUGUGAAUUCUCCUAUAAAGGUACAACAGGAUCAGUUCCAGCUAAAGAGCAAUAUAAAAGCAGGUCUUCAUAAUGGCAAAAGCUAUUUAUCUCUUUUUAAUACAAAGUCCUCUACUUCUCUGGAGCAGUUGCCAUCUGCCAGCUUGAACACACCUAUGCAGAAGCACAUAAGAAACGAACACCUUGCAUUUAAUACCAAAUCUAAGUCUUCAUCAAUUGGUUCAGAAUUGGUACUUGUAUCAACUACCAUUUCAUCUGUUCAUCAUGUUUCUGAUACGGAAAUGAGUUCUGCUCUUGAUUGUUUACCUAUGUUGGCUGAUUGGGAGGAUGUAGCUUUACUGCCAGCAUCUCAGCCUGAGCAAAGUAUAGAUUGUAUACCUUCCAUUAGUGACUCAAACUUAGAUACCUCAUUUAAUUCUAUAGAAAGAUUAAUGGUUUUGAAAGAAGGCACAGAAGAAACUCCUCAAAAAUCUGGGACCUCGAAGUUUGUUGUAUAUAAGAGUCCACAUACUACUAUUUAUCAUGUGAAAGAAGCCAAAGAUCCAGAUUCAGAUGUUUCUGACUUUAAAUUACCUGAAUGCAAAUCAAGUAGCUUCAACAGUGUUAAUGCCACUAUGUCUCAUCCUUCAGUUUUGGGGAAAUACCCCCUCAUUUUAGGUGGUACUAAAAGGAAUCUAUCCAGUCCUCUAUCUGUCCCACCAGCAAAAAAACAGACCCUCACUGUUCAUGAAGAAAAGCCUACAUCAUCUGAUGGCUCCCCAGUGAGAAGUUGUUCCCAGAAGGUCCUCCCCUCUAUCUUAGCUUCUACAGUUAACCUACAAGAGCCUUGGAAGAGUGGGAAAAUGACACCUCCUUUAUGCAAGUGUGGCCGAAGAUCUAAGAGACUUGUUGUUUCUAAUAAUGGACCAAACCAUGGAAAAGUCUUCUAUUGUUGCCCAAUUGGGAAAUACCAAGAAAACAGAAAAUGUUGUGGUUAUUUCAAAUGGGAACAAACACUUCAAAAGGAGAGAGCCAACAGCAGAGUUCUGUCUCAUUCCCCAGGGGGACUCACUUUUAGUUCCCCAGAAAUAAGCCAUAUUUGUGACAGAAAUGUAAAUUUUUCUACUAAAAAUUCAUUGAGACUCAGACCUUCAAUGAGGAAUUGAUAAACUUUCUCUACAUCUAAACUAUGUUUUUACUUUAA